AAACCCGUCCCGCGCGGCCGGGAGGCAGGAAGCGGCCCGGGCGGGCCUGGAGCCGCGGCGGCGCCCCUCGGGGAGCAGGCGGGCCGGGGUCCUCGCGCCCCUCCGCAGGCCUCGCCUGGCCGGCUCUCUCCCUGCGCGCCCCCGAAGCAGGGCCGGGCUCCGCCGCAGCCCUUUGUGGGGAGACCUCGGGGGCGCGUCCCCGCGCAGCCCCUCCAGGCCCCCGGGCCGAGGAGCCGGCCCCGCUCGGGGGAGGUGUGCGGACGCCGCGGCCGAGGCGGGCCGCGAUCGGCAGGACCAGCUGUCCAGCAUGCUCUGCCCAGCCCACGCCGAGGCACACUGACCAUGAGCCUCAACUCCUCCCUCGAACACAGGAAGGAGCUGAGCGACCUCACGGAGGAGUGGGAAGGGCCAGGCAGCGGCGGCGUCACUGAGUCCGUCGCCAUCAUCGUCAUCGCCGCCUUUGUCUGCCUGGGCAACCUGCUCGUCGUGGUCACCUUGUACAGGAAGUCCUACCUCCUCACGCUCAGCAACAAGUUCGUCUUCAGCCUGACGCUGUCCAACUUCCUGCUGUCCGUGCUGGUGCUGCCUUUCGUGGUGACCAGCUCCGUGCGCAGGGAGUGGAUCUUCGGCGUGGUCUGGUGCAGCUUCUCUGCGCUCCUCUACCUGCUCAUCAGCUCGGCCAGCAUGCUCACCCUCGGGGUCAUCGCCGUUGACCGCUACUAUGCUGUGCUGUACCCCAUGGUGUACCCCAUGAAGAUCACAGGGAACAGAGCCGUGGUGGCGCUUGUCUACAUCUGGCUCCACUCCCUCAUCGGCUGCCUGCCACCUCUGUUCGGCUGGUCGUCGGUGGAGUUUGACGAGUUCAAGUGGAUGUGUGUGGCCGCGUGGCACCGGGAGCCCGGCUACACCGCCUUCUGGCAGGUCUGGUGCGCCCUGCUCCCCUUCCUGCUCAUGCUCGUGUGCUACGGCUUCAUCUUCCGCGUGGCCAGGCUCAAGGCCCGCAAGGUGCACUGUGGCACCGUGGUCGCCGCGGAGGAGGACGCCCAGCACGGCGGGAGGAAGAACUCCAGCGCCUCCACCUCGUCCUCGGGCAGUAGGAGGCACGCCUUCCAGGGCGUGGUCUACUCGGCCAACCAGUGCAAAGCCCUCACCACCAUCCUGGUGGUCAUCGGCGCCUUCACGCUCACCUGGGGCCCCUACAUGGUCGUCAUCACCUCGGAGGCCCUCUGGGGGGAGAACUGUGUCUCCCCGGCCCUGGAGACCUGGGCCACGUGGCUGUCCUUCACCAGCGCCAUAUGCCACCCCCUGAUCUAUGGGCUCUGGAACAAGACGGUUCGCAAGGAACUCCUGGGCAUGUGCUUCGGGGACCGGUAUUACCGGGAGCCGUUUGUGCAUCGGCAGAGGACUUCCCGGCUCCUCAGCAUUUCCAACAGGAUCACAGAUCUGGGCCUGUCCCCACACCUCACGGCGCUCAUGGCUGGCAGGCAGCCUCUGGGGAACAGCAGCAGCACCGGGGACACCGGCUUCAGCUGCUCGCAGGACUCAGGAACGGACAUGAUGACGCUGGAAGAUUACACGUCGGAGGACAACCCUCCCUCCCACGGUACCUGCCCACACAAGAGAAGGAGCUCGGUGACAUUCGAGGAUGAAGUGGAACGUAUCAGAGAAGCUGCCAAGAACCCCGUUCUCCACGUGAAGGCUGAAGUGCACAAGUCCCUGGACAGCUACGCAGCCAGCUUGGCCAGAGUCAUAGAGGCUGAAGCCAAAGUCAGCCUAUUUGGGGAGGAGGCUUUACCUGGUGUCCUGAUGGCGGUGCAAACUGUCCCUGGGGCCAGCCUUGGGGGCCGCCGAGGCAGCAGGACACUUGUGAGCCGCCAGAGGCUGCAGAGCAUCGAGGAAGGGAACAUUUUAGCUGCAGAUCAGAGAUAAGGGCCUGGGAGUGUGAGCAGGGGGCGUCUGGUGCACACAGAAUACAGGGUCUGUGGUCAGUGACUUCGGUGUCCUGAGACCACAUGGACUUCCCAUAGGUCCCAGUGGUGGGACAGAGGCAUCAAAAGCACAAUGAAGAGCAGGUCCAGGUGUGGCCGUGGCUUAUUGUGAAGGGGGCAUGGAAGGGGAGGGAGACCGUGGCUCGGAAGGAAAGCUCAUGGGCAUGUCCUGUCUUCACAACCCGGAUCCUGGGAGUGCAGCCAUGCGAUGUCCCAGAGCUCCAGGCGAGCUCUUCCCUGCACGGCCACCUAACAAAGCGGGACGGUCGCCCGGGCUUCCCGCGGUGGGUACUGGCCACAUGGGGCUGACGGUGCUGUACUGACGGGUCCCAGAGAACAAGGAGCCAAGCACCACAGAUGGCCCUGCGUGUCGCCCUGGUCAUGGCCUUGCUGUCAGUGGGGCCAGUAGGGGCUGCACACAGGCCACUGGGCAGAGGUGAGGCCCCUCCCACCACCUCCCCAUUGACUGCGUCUUUGGUAUUUCAAAAGAAGGGAGAAACCACUAAAACAGGAGGAAGGAGCAGAUAGCUCAUUUCCAGAAUUAAAAGAGCCCGGCUGGUUAGGACCCAUGUGAUGAGGCUAUGGUGCCAAGCACGGGAAAUGGAGGAACUGCCAUCUGUGGAGGGGAUCCCGGCACGGGGAAGCUGCUGGGAUCCUGGCUGGGAUGCCUGCCUGGCUGCUCAGAGGGACUGGCCUCCAGCUCCCCCGGCAGCGUGCCCAGCGUGGCAGUUCCCCCAAGCCCGAGCAGCGUGAGCUAAGGGGACAGGGCCAAGGCCCCAGCUGGGUCUGCUGCCUCUUACCAUGUCAUCUGGGGCUUCCUGUCCCCUCCGAAGGCCAUGUGCCAGGUGGGAGAAGGGCGGGAAGGUGGGCUGAAUGGGCUCCAGGAUCACUGCCAAUGUGAUCUUCAAUGCCCUGACUUUGUAAGUUAGAGAUAAGAGAGGAAAAAGCAGGGCCCAGGACCAACAUUUGCUGGCGUGAAGUGGUUUCCAGUGGGUUUGUGUCAGGGGUCCGACCUGGCCGCUCGGCUCUGGCGCAGAUGGGACAGGGAGGCAGGCUGCAGGAAUGUGGUGUGCAUGGGCCGGUCCCCCUCCCCCCUGAGCUGGGCAGCAGUUGUGGGGCAGGGGUGACCUGGGGAGCUUGCCUGAACCCGUGCCUGUGCUUCUGCCUGGUGACUACGGGAGCAACAUGCAGGCUUUCCCGCCUCCGGAAUCCCAGGUGGCCGGCAGAGGGUAGGCUCCGAGGGGACCCAGCAGGCCUCUGUACACACCAAAUUCCCUUGCAGUGUGAGGUGGGAGCUUUGCUGUGGGGCAGAAACCAGACUGGCAGGUCCCCUGGCAUGCGGUUUACAAAGGGCUUUCCUGUUUCCUUCCCUGGGACCAAACUCAGCGCUUCUGGGCCAGAGGCUCUGGAUGGCAGUGGGGGAGCACAUGGCUUUCCUAGAGGGGCAGGGGCCCCCUCUGCGUCCUUCCCAUGAGAGUGCUGGUCAGGCAGUCCUCUCUCUGCAAGGCAGCAUUCCUAAAGCUGAGGGCAUUUAUGUCGUGUGUGUGUAUACUUUUCCAAGCAGCUGUCUAGUUUCUGAAAGGACCACAUUCCUGACCAACUAGUGUGCACAGAAGGGGAAUGGGGCAGGGAGGCCUUUUCCACCAGCUGGGAUGGCUCGCCAGGGGGCCCUGAGGGCCAACACGCCAGCCUGGAGCCGAGGAUGGGCUAGUGCCUCCUCUGGACCACAGCGUUGUGGACUCUGGGGAAAGAGUCCUGAGGCCUCGCGUCCCCACUGGCUGGUCCCAGACUAGCUGGGAUAUACUAGGAUUUAAUCUAAGCAGAUCUUGACACUGCACAGGACUCACUCCAGGCACCCCUUUUCUGCUGAGGCCCAGGCAUGUACUCACCUACCGGAUGCUGCGCGUCCACCGUGCAUAAGCACCAGCUGGGCUCUGGGCAACACCGCCAGAGGGUUUUCACUCACUCAGGGAGACCCCGGGGGAUACUGACGCUAACAAAUAGGGAAGUAAAUAUUGUGGAAAGAACUGGGCUCCAGAGGGAGGUGAGUAUUUCCAGCUAGGGGAGUUAAGGACAGAUCCACGAAGUAGGCGACAGUUGAGCCAAGCCUCGGAGAUGUUUGACCGUGGGAGCCAUACUUCACAUACUCAGGAAUUCAGAUUUGCCUGGUUCAGCCUGAGUGGGAACAAGAGUGUGAAAGCGAGGAGGAGGCUGGACGGAAAGGGGCCAUGCCCCGGCGCUGCCCUUAGGUCAGCCUAGCUGCCCCUCUAAGCCCAGGCCCACUAGCCUCUGCCGUGCAGCCGCGGCCGGAACCCUGCCUCUCCAAGGGGACCCUGUGCGCAGUGGCAGGUGGGACCUUUUGGCUCUGCCCAUCUCUGCUUCUUUCUUCAAGGUUGCCACUGACCCUGUGCUGGGCUCCAGAUAGCAGGUUUGGGGCUGCGGUGGCCCUGAAGGCACUGGAUCUCACUACAGAGUGCAGCUGUGGUGGCCGGGGCUCCGAGGCAUGGUGCCAGGUGGCAGUGGGUGUGUGGCACCCAGGCAGUACCCACAGUGCAGCCCCAGCAGCAGAUGCUCGCUCCUGGCAGAGAGCUCUUGGUCUGGCUCUGUCUCCACUGCAGGCCAGCCUUUGAGGGCCACCAGCUGGCUUGCUUCAUGGGUGACCACGUAUGGGGUGGCAGGUGCCACCACUGUUCAGGGUGAUCUUGGACAGAUCACCACCCAGGAGGUGGUGGGGAAUGAAAGACGGGGCCACCUGGUGCCUGUGCUGACCCAUUAAAGAGCUGCUGGACUGUCUGGUGGAAGUGAGUGACCAGGGAGCUCUGUGACAGACCAAGGUGGCUUGGGGUGUGAGGCAGGAGGGAAGCAUUUACACAAGGGCUUGUUAGCUUGUUCAGCUCUCACGCCAAGCCCCCACCCCGGCAGCACCCCCCACUUGUGGUGGGAGGACUUGGGGCAGACGUGAGGUGGGCAGGGUGCGGCGUGUGCUCAUGACUGCUCAGCCCGGCUGCGCUCUGGCUGGAAGGGACCUGGAGGGGGACGCGCCCAGCAUAGCGUGCGGCAGGAGCCAGCAGGGACUGUGCCUGCUGUGUGUCCCAUUAGACUCAGGACACCUGACAGUGGGAACAGGGCAGGCCAUGCAUAUGCAUAGUAAGGUCGGUCUGGACCCCAUGCCUCUGCUCACCAGCUGGCAAGGUGUCUUGGGCCACUGACCCCGAUCUUUCUGCACCGCGGUUCUAUCUGUAAAAUGAGGUCUGUGACCUACUUCUAUGUGGGACGUGGAGUCUAGGUGGGCCCCAUGGAUGACAGCAGAUUAAUGCAGGUCAGCAUAGUUCCUGGGGCACAGUCCAUGCUGGGCCACUUCCCUUAGUGGGAAUUCUUCCCUUCUGAGAACCUGUGAUCCUAGACAGAAGCGAAGCUGUUGAAGGUUGUGGCCGUGUGUGCUGCACUGCACAGGAAGUCCCCUGGGAGGAAGGGACAAGGGAGGUCUGAAGGCGCAAAAAUGAGCCUUUCUGCUCCUGCCUCGGCGAUGGCAGACCCCAGGGCCUGGUGUGGUCUCAGUCCACAGCGCCAGCUCUGCCCUGCCCUCCCGUACGGCCCAGAAGGGACAUUCUCCCAGACAUGCCCCAGGCGCCGAGGCCAGCUCUGUGCCCGGCUGACUGGGGGUGGCUCUGUAUUCACAGACACUGGUCCUCCAGGCCCUGAGGGAAGAGGCGGUGCAGGAACAGGAGUCCCUGCUGCCGCCUGCAGUGUGCAUGGGACCCCGGGGAAAUUCUGUGGGACAGAGAAGGGAAGCCAUGGUUUCCUCCUGAAGCGAAGGAAAAUGGUUGUAGGCACAGUCUCCACAGCUUUAGGGCAGGGCUGGGCUGGCCACCUGGGGGGAAGGGGACACUCUGACUCCAGGGGGGCCAAGGAAGUGAAGGGAGUCAUCUGAGGUCUCAAAGUGUGUCAGCCAGCAUCAGGGCUGCACACGAGCUCUUGGCCACACUGAGGAACGGCCAGGCUUGGUUAGGUGGGCAGGAAGGACUGCCAUGAAGCCAGGAGGGAGUAUCUGCUUGCCAGGCCCAGUAUGACUGCAGGCCCCACACAUGCGACUGUACUCACUGGAGAGAAUUCAAGGCACGAACUCAAAUCUACCUGAGGUCACCAAGAGUAGUUUUGCUCAGUGCUAUUUUUAAGAGUACGUAAUACACAAAGCUGCAUCCAUGUCCCUCAGAAAGCUUUCUCCUGAAUAGUAUUAACUGCCUAGAAACUAGAAGUCACUUCUUCUCUUUGACACCACCAUUUGGAAAUAUCACAAACCACAGGUGUGUCAGCCCCGCCCAGGCAGGACCCCAGGAGGCAGGCAGGGCCCACCCGGCUAGGUGGAACGGGGGGUCUGUCAGCAGUGGGGACAGAGCUCUGCUGUAUUUCCAACACAGACUCCUGGAUGCAAAAGCGGUUAAAAGCCAACUUAAAAAAAACAAGAGCAAGCUAAUCCUGAAAUAAAUUAUACUUGAA